AUGUCUUUACAUAUCUAUAUUGCUCACACCGGUGAGCAUCUACUGGCAAAUCCAGUUUCCUUUGCUUCUCCGGAUGCUCUCCGAUCAUGGAUUGCCCGCAACACUUCCAUCGCUUCUCAGAGGCAGAUAUUAAUGACCGCCCGCGGAAAGAAUGUCAAGCUCCAAACAUUAGCCACAGAGGACGAAAUUUUCGUCUAUGAUAGGCAGCUAGUUAGUGAUGCCGGCUCCGUUGAGCUCCCCGAUCUCCCCCAACCACCGCCAUUCAAACCGAAGAAUCCCCCAGACACUCUCACCGAUCAGAAUGAUCUCCAGUCGUGGCGUAAUCUCUACAUGGCUCGCAGGACUUGGGCCUUGGCUUUAGCGGAAGAAUGUGUUCCCGUCAAUCAAGCUCUUCAAGAGCACAACGAACGUAUCGACAUCAUCUACCGCGGCGUUGGUGUGGCUCUCGAAAACCUUAAAUCUCACGUGGCCAGCUUGGAAAACAGGUUUCAGGAAGCCCAAACAUGGGCAGAUGAUCUCCUCAAGGAACAGAGAUCAGCUUUAGAGGGGUGGCAGACUGCUUUGGACAAAUUGAAGGCUAUACCGGCGAGGAAAGAUAUAACGUUUCUCGGACGUCCGUCGACACCGAAAAAGGAAACGAAAAAUCGAUCAAGUGGAACACUCCAGGACUUUCUGGAUGUAGAUGAAGUGCGGCGAGCUGCUUCAAGGGGCACAACUGUAUCGCAGAGCUUCUCUCGUCGCGUGGAUGACGUCCAAGCGGCAGUUCGCAGCAUCUCGUCGGACACCCAGGCUUUGCUACAGCAGGCCCAGCCGCCAAUCAUUGAUGGGAGCCAUGGUCUGUUGGAAGAGGUGGAGACCUUGGCGAAGAAAGUGAGCUCCGAUUAUGAACAUGUACUCAGUCUACCCAGCAAUCAAAAGAGCCUGGCAAACAUCUCAAGGAUGGCGCUAGGACAUACAAAGGAACUAUUACCAUCUCUUCGAGAAAUCAGCCUUGAAUUGCACACUGCAUUAAACCAGGCUGUUCAGCACCGAAUUGCUGCAAUGAAGGCUGCAGUCAAUCAUAUGCGGACUGUAUCCUCGUUGGAGUCUCGUCUAGCGGAUGUUCAGGCACAGAUUGCCAAACUGGACGUUGACGCAGAUGUCUUCGAUAUUGUAUUCGAGGUGUACCAUUUGCCAGUAGCCUACGGCUCGGUUCUUGUGGAGGCUGUUCGGCGCCGUGAAUGGAGUGAAAAGCUAAAAUCAGACUCGCUCACAUUAGCCGAAGAAAUUGCUGUCUUCCGGGAUGAAGAACAACGUCGCAGAAAGAAAUGGGCGAAGUCGAUGGGAGAGCUUUUAGUACUCCCCGAUGAUGUGACUCCCGGUCUAGAGAUCAACAUGCAAGGUCAAGGGCAAGACUGGCCUGAAGUCCAUCGCAAAGAGAUCGAAGUCUAUAUUGAUACCCUCAAAGCACAAAAUGAUAUGACAUCCAUAGUCGAAGAAGUGUCCCAACUCUACGCGGACCUUGAUAAGCCUACACGACAGCAAAAACGUCGAGCGAAGGCUUUUAAACAUGGAAGCGUGAUUGACAUGGGACGCAGCUCGCUGCUCAUACGAGGUGAUGACAUGGUGCGCAGUCUUCAAGAUGAGAAAUUCAAACUUGAAGAAAAGGUCAAAACUUCGGAAAGUCGAAUUCGGAAGCUGGAGGAUUUACUGCAUCGCCAAAGCCACAUAGCAAGGCCGCUAAGUGGAAAUUUCAGCACUGAUUUCCCUAUGUCUCCGGCGUCUCCGCGACCGGAUACAUUGUCAAGACGGUCGUCUGUCUCAUCGAGGCGAAUGUCAUCCAACCAAACAGCUGAGGAUAAAGCACUAGUACAACGAAUUGUAGGACUUGAGGCAGACCUUGCUACAGAGAGAGAAACCGUUCAACGACUUCAAAAGGAGGCCCGUAUGGAGCGUCAAUCAUCAACGGACAGGAUGCAAGAAGUUCAAUCCACCAAGGAAGACCUCAUUAAGAAUCUAGAGUCUAGACGAAGAGAAUUCGAGGAUGAGCGCAAAUUCUUAGAGGCCGAUGCCAAACAAUUACGACACAGAAUUGAAGAGCUUGAAGAAGAACUGUUCAAUGUCCUAGACCGUCGUGAUCAUGAGACAAAAGAAUUAGAGGAGCGUUCUCAGAAGCUGGAAGAACAACUUAUAGCUGCAGAGACUCGUACUACCAAGGAACUUGAGAACGCACAAACAGAGCUACAAGCUUUGCAGGAUAAGUUUUCUCGUGAGAAACAUCGAGCUAGUGAAUUGGAGAGUGCCAUUUCCGCCGACAAGGAACGACUGUCGAAUCAAGAAGCCAAGAUUUCUGAAUUACAAGUGCAGCUUGAGACAUUGCAUAGUCAGAACCGGGAAAAUCUGAACACGUUGCAAGCAGCACAUGCUAUUCUUUCUCCAGAGCGCUCAGCGCCAUCCGACUUUGCUUCCUUGGUCAAAGCUAUCGAGAUCCUAGCUGAAGGACUAACGAUUCACGCACGGAACACAGAGCAAUCUCACGCAUCUUUGCUUCAGGAGAAGAAGGACUUGGAAGAGAAGCUUGACUUACAGCAAUUGGAAGUUGACGGUCUACGUGGGACGAUUGAUACUCACAGGGCCGAAAUGGCUAAAGUGCAAAACGAGCUUCUGCAAGAGCAGUCCCAGGUGUCAGUACUUAAAAGCGAGCUUGCUGAUGAAAGAAGCCAACUUCACCAUUUGCGGACAAAAUUUUCGGCUGGAGAAACUGGGUCCGAGGUCUUGCGUGAGCGCUUAGCGGAGGAAGAGGGUAAAGUCGCGUCUAUGUCACAGAAAUUGAUUCAACUCAAUGCGCAAGCGCACACGGCCGAAGAGGAGGCCAGAGAAUUCCGCGAAAAGCUGGAAUUAGCACAGGAGUCUGAGAAACAGUUGACCGCGAUGUUGAAUGCACGUGGAAACAAAGCUCAAGAGGUUUCUCAACGGCUUCUCGCACAAGCCGAAGGAAUAGGACGUAUGCUAGAGCAGCUAGGAUUCGCCAUAGUCCUAAAGGACGAUCAGCUCAUCGUACAAAGGGCAUCCAAAGUAAACAGCGCCUCGGCUUCAGGAGAACUUCUGGCUUCGUCCACAGUUGCAUCUCUUCGACCGGAUCCGACUCUAUCGACGUGGAUACAGGACAAAGCAGAUGAGGAAGAUGCUAAAUUCAAGGAAUUCAUGGAUUCCAUGGCGAAAUUUGAUGUCGAAGUCUUUGGCGAGUCGGUGGUGAAGAGGGAGAAAGACAUUGAGGUUCUAGCGCGGAAAUGGCAGAAGGAAGCAAGAGGUUAUCGCGACAAAUACCACCGCAUGCAAAGCGAAGCGCAUGAAAAGAUUGCCUAUCGAUCUUUCAAAGAAGGUGACCUAGCGCUUUUUCUUCCGACCCGGAACCAGGCCAUUCGGUCUUGGGCUGCGUUCAAUGUGGGCGCUCCACAUUACUUCCUUCGAGAGCAGGACGUACAUAAGCUAUCGACUCGAGAUUGGUUGCUAGCCCGCAUUGGCAAGAUAGAAGAGCGGGUUGUUGACCUCUCCAAGUCCAUGAAUGGUGGUAAUCAGGACCGUCGUUCCAUCACCAGUGACGGGACCUCGUUCGAUGAUGAGAACCCCUUUGAAUUAUCCGACGGAUUGCGAUGGUACCUACUAGAUGCAACUGAGGAGAAACCAGGCGCUCCCAGUACCCCAGGGCUAGGCAAAAGUACUGUUGCUUCUGCUCCCAUUGAUGCCAAAGGGUCGAUCCGCCUUAAACGGUCCGCUGCUGGAGGCAAUGUGGCUAAGACGUUGACAAAGAGCCUGGACAGUCGUAGAAACAGCUCUGCAUCGAAGAAGGGAGCACCGGUUCCGACGCUAGCUGCAGCUGAGUCAAUUGGAGACAAUGUGCAGCCUGCUGAUGCCGACACUGGAUUACAGCCCAGGGAGUUUGACCCCAUAUUUGACGAGGCUUCUGAACAACUCCAGGGGAUUCCGUCAAGGUCUCCAACCGUGCGACCAGGGCUAGACGACUUACACUCUAGUGCCUCUUCGCCGAACAAGCGGCCAUCAAGAUUAAGACCGUGGGAGAAAAUAUGGUCUCUUGAUUACAGGGUUGAGGGUCACAGGCAAUGAGUUCUCCAGUACGGAUGAACUGCUAUUCUACUCUGUUCGAACUCACCAGGUUCACUUUACCAUUAUGUUCCUUUUGACUCUUGUUUGAACGAUACCCCUAUCACUUUGCAUUUGUCUAUAUAAGCACUGCAUAAUUUGCAUCGGGAAAAGUUCUGUGCAUAGAUCAUGGAUGUAUAGCGCAGCGUUCCACAUUGUUUGAUUGACUUUUCGUUUCUGAUGUUCGGUUUUAGACCAAUGGGUAUACCAAUAUCAUUUAUUACAUAUUCAGGGGUUGAAUUCAAUGUAUAAAACCUUACGAGCCCCUAUAUGUCGAAUAAUUCCAAGGCCCCAACAAAACAGGCACAUGAUAAUGUCUCCAACCCUCCUCACCUUCAACACCGCGUCCGCGCACCGUAAAUUUGACCUCCACCUCUGGCCAGAAACUCUCUACUCCUUGUGCCUCGAACCAUGGUCCAACGUCGAAGCGAAUAGACCAAUUCGUCUUGGAAGCUGGCGCUGGGAGGGAUUCUAGGAAAGAAGAGACUGUAUCGGUUUGUGGGGAAGAGGAUGGGGAAGAGGAUGGACUCCAGGUCUUUAUUCUUCCGUCUGAGUCUGUAAUGGCUGUGAAUGUGCGUUCGGUGGGCGUGUUUUUGCUUGUAUUCCCCGAGGAAGAAGACAAAAGAGUUAAUGUGCAAGGUAGAUUCGCUGCUGGAGUUCCAGUCAGGGUAUUAAGGACGUGACAGGUAAUCGGGUCGCGAGCCAUGGCGAUUGAUGGAUUUGGUUGCUGUUGUUGAUGAUAGUCGACAGUUUUCGCUAGAUCGCUGAUAUGCUGCGCGUAGAGUGUAAGACGUUCCCCGGUUCUGGUUGAUCUGUCCAUAGGUUGGGUCGUGAUAGUGGUGAAAUGUAGUUAGUUAACUAAUCAUGCGGGGAGGAGCAAGAUACUUUAUGUAGAUUAUCGCAGCAUCGGAAAUCGCCGCCCGCCAUGGGAGCUUGCUGAGAGCUCCGGUGGUGGAGCACCAGGAUAGCAGCAUAUGCAGAACCAGAACUUUUUUCUGCUUGAAGAUGUAGUUAGUCAAUGAGUAAGGAUAUACAAUUCAAAUGAAUUGUAGGUU